UUUAUGCGAAAAUUAAGAAAAAUAAAAUUGCUAGCAACAUAUGGUUUUUUUUUUGUAAUAUUUAUUAUAUCCAUAAAUAAGCUACAGAAUGAUUUUGCACAAAAUUAUACUAAAGAGAAUUUUAUCUACAAAUUUGACAAAUCAUAUACUAAAAAUGGGCAUAGGCUAGCAAUUGUUGUUCCUUACAGAGACCGAUUAGAAGAAUUAAAUAUGUUUGUACCUCACAUGUCUAAGUUUUUAUUAUCAAAAAAUUUGGAUUUCAAAAUAUUCAUUGUGAAUCAAAUUGAUUCCUAUAGGUUUAACAGGGCUACAUUAAUAAAUAUUGGAUUUGCCUUAAGUAAGUUAGAAAACUUUGAUUAUUUGGCAAUGCAUGAUAUAGAUUUGUUACCAUUAAAUCAGGCUAUUAAUUAUUCUUAUCCUUCUCCCAGUGAAGUUUUACAUUUAACUCCCAGUGGAAUACAUCCAAGAUAUAAUUAUCCAACAUUUAUUGGGGGAAUAUUAUUAAUAUCACACAUUCUAUAUCAACAAGUAAAUGGCAUGUCCAAUAGAUAUUGGGGAUGGGGUCUUGAAGAUGAUGAAUUUUAUAUUAGAUUAAAGGAAAAAAAUAUAAAAGUACUUAACCCGCAAAAUAUAACGACUGGCAAAAAAACAUUUUUACAUAACCACGACAAAAAUGCUAGACCAAGGGAUAUGCGCAUGUCCUCUAAGCAAUACGAAAUAUCGAAAAAGCGGGAUCACCUGACUGGUCUCAACAACUUACCUGGCCUUUACACCGUUGUAUCGAGAGAAACACUAUACGUCGACAAAUAUCCAUACGAAAUGAUCGAAGUGGUUUUGUACUGCGACGAAUACAAAACGCCUUGGUGUAAAUCCUCUUCUUGAAAAAAAUAAAUAAUGUUGCAAGAAUUGUUAUAAAGAAAAUCCUUUAUUUAUUUAUUUUUUUAAAAAUACUAAUCUUUAGAUUUUUGUUAUAUAAAGAAAUAUUUUUUUUAGUGGAACCAUGAAUAUUACAAUGCAUUUUUUUUAAAACGUUUAUAAUAUAUGUGAAGGAUUAUGAUGAUAUUUUAUAUGAAUUAUAUUUUUAUUUUUUUUUAAACGUUGGGUUCCAAAAUUAAUACCGAAUCAAUGAUUAAGAUGAUUUUUAAAUUUUAUUUAUUCGGGGGAUGUUUUUUUUAUCAGAUACUAAAA